UGCAUGCCCAUUCCCCAAGCCAUGGCCCUGUGCCACGACAUUGGCUACACAGAGAUGCGGCUGCCCAACUUGUUGGACCAUGACACGACGGCCGAGGCUCUCCAGCAGUCGGUCAGCUGGCUGCCCCUGCUGGCCAGGGAGUGCCACCCGGAUGCCCGCCUCUUCCUCUGCUCCCUUUUUGCCCCUGUGUGCCUCGACAGGGUCAUCUACCCGUGUCGCAGCCUGUGUGAGGCCGUGCAGGCCAGCUGUGCGCCCAUCAUGGCCUGCUACGGCUACCCCUGGCCGGCCAUCCUGCACUGCGGCCGCUUCCCCGCCAGCCACGGCCUCUGCGUCGCGGCUGUCUCCAACGGCUCCCGCCUGGGCCGCCCACUGCCUCGGGCCAGCUGCAGGGACUGUGAGUUGCAGGACGCCCGCUCGUCCAACGAGGUCCUGGAUGCGCUCUGUGCCAGCGACUUUGCAGUGAAGGUUAGGCUCUCCCGAUGCAACGGGUCAUCCUCUGGUCUCUCACACUGCCACCUGGACUCCCGGCUGGAGGUGCUGAAGGCGGGCCCACUGCCUGCCUCGGAACUGGCCCCUACUCUGCGUCGCUGGCUGCAGCUGGAUGCCACGUGCGUGCACAACCUCUUGCGAGGAAGGCUCGCUGGCACCUACGUGCUAGGUGGGGAGGUGCAGGGCCCUCGGCUGCUGGUAACCACGGCCUAUGUUUGGAGCCAAGGCCACCGACAUCUGCAGCUGGCCGUGCGUAGGUGGCACCAUCACCAGUGCCCACGGUAGGGAUUCCUACAGGCAGGGAGAGCCAGCCACACAAAACCCGCGCUGCCCUGGACACACCUAAACCCCUCUCUGCUGCCCAUCUUGGACACUUGCAGACCAGAGUCCCGAGAAGCCCCGUGAAGGACCCAAGCAGGGCAGAAGCCCACUGCUGUGGCCACAGCUAAGGGGCCCCUUCCUAGACUACAGUGCUCUGCCCAGACACGAAGGAGGCUGGCUCCCCUAGCAGGGGAGUGUUUGCUGGAAAGGCAAGACAAUCUUUCUGUCCUUCUGUCCUUCCCAGGCCUGGGAUGACAGCCUGGCUAAUGCCUACAAGCCGGAGCAGCCCAGGCUGCCUCAGGGCAGGUGCAAAGCCUCGGGCUAAGCUCCUCCCAGGCAGGAUGCUGCCUGUCAAUCCCACAUAGACUUGGUUUUAUCUGCCUGACCUUUACUGAGCCCAGGUCCCACCAAGCUGCAGGCUUGUGCAGAGAGCACAGGGGGUGGGGAGAAGUCCAUGCCGGAAACUGCCUUCAGCUGCUUACCAACCUGAACUCUCACACACACACACACACACACACAGAGUUUUCCCCCUAUUUCUGGGCCUCCAGUGUUUGUCAUCCUAAGUAACUGCCUAAUUGUUUUCUUGAGCCGACUUGGA